AUGACCUCGACCAAGUUCAAGUGUGAAAGAGAUGCAGAGGAGGAGGAGACGGUGAUGAUGGAGUCAGACUCUUCAUGCAUUAAUCAUGAAAAGACCAGUCAGGUUUCUGUCCAGAAGAAACUUCAUCAUCAUCAUCAUCACCACCUUCAUCACCACCUGACCAUCUGUGUGGGCGGAGCCUCGGAGCUUGCCUUCCUCCUAGAGCCCAGUGAUGUCAUCGCAGCAAGGGACCGCCCCCUGCUGCUGGACUGCCAGGUGGAGGGGGAGGGGCCGAUCUCCAUCACCUGGAGACGGAACGGCGUCCCCGUGCCGACGGGCACCAUGGCGACGGUGCUGGCCAAUGGAACGCUGCUCAUCAGGAACUUCUCCAAGAGACGCGACAGCAACGAGACGGACGCCGGCGAGUACGACUGCGCCGCGCAGAACCGCUACGGGCGCCUCGUCAGCCGCAAGGCCCGCAUACAGAUCGCUUCCCUCCCUAAGUUCCUGUCCCACCCAGAGUCCGUCACAGUGGAUGAAGGGGGCGUGGCCAGACUCACCUGUCAGGUAAACGGAAUCCCAGAAGCAAACAUCACCUGGCAGAGAGACCGACUCCCGCUGAGCACCGAAGACCCCAGGUACACGCUGCUGCCUAACGGCGUGCUGCAGAUCACCGCCGUCCGGAAGACAGACAGCGGUUUGUUCCGCUGCGUCGCCUCCAACAUCGCCAACACUCGGUACAGCCGGGAGGCAACGCUGUCCGUCACCGUUGCAGGAUCCCGGACGUACCGAGAACCCGUCAUCCUGUCCGGCCCGCAGAACCUCACCAUCAAUGUCCACCAGACGGCCAUCUUGGAGUGCAUCGCCACGGGAAACCCCCGCCCCAUCGUGUCCUGGAGUCGCCUCGACGGGCGGUCCAUCGGCGUGGAGGGGAUCGCCGUGCUGGGAACAGGAAACCUGAUGAUCUCCGACGCCACGCUGAAGCAUUCAGGAGUUUACGUCUGUUCAGCCAACAGACCAGGAAGUAGAUCCAGGAGAACGGCGCUGGGACGCCUCGUAGUACAAGCCCCUCCAGGCUUCGUGCAGUGGCCCCAGUCCGUCUCCAGGCCAGCAGGGGGCAGUGCAGUCUUCAGCUGCACGGCGUCCGGCGCCCCAGAGCCCCACCUCAUCUGGCUGAAGAACGGCAAGCUGCUGACGCCCAGCGGCAACGUCAAGCUGACCAAUGGAAACACGACUCUGGCCAUCACGCGUAUUACCCCCGAGGACGAGGCCAUCUAUCAGUGCAUCGCCGAGAACAGCGCCGGCACCAACCAGGCCAGCGCCCGGUUGGCCAUCAGCCAGGGGGGGCCCGAGCUGCCCGAGGCCCCCGCCGGCCUGCAGGCCGCGCCGCUCAGCGCCACCAGCCUGCAGCUGACCUGGGACCAGCCGACAGACAGCGCCAGCCAGCAGAUCAUCGGAUACGUACUGCACGUCAGACGCCUGGGGGAGCCAGACAGUGCUGAGCUGCAGGAAGCUGUCAGUAAGAGCACCUUCACACACGAGUUCAACAACCUGGAGGCUGCCACCACCUACUCUAUCUACCUGAAGGCCUACUCCGCUCUGGGAGGCAGCCAGCAGUCCACCACCAUCACAGCCACCACGCAGGGGGGCGUUCCCAGUCCUCCCAGUUUCUUCACUAAGGUCCUGAACCAGACGGCCAUGCAGGUGUACUGGGAGCUGCCCAGUAAGCCGGGGAAGAUGGAGGGCUUCAGACUGGAGUACCACGGGGUCUCUAACCCAGACCUCCAGGGGCAGGAGACCUUCCCAGCUCACAUCAACACCCACACCAUCUCUCACCUGGAGCCGGCGGCCGUGUACGAGAUCAGGCUGUUGGCGUUUAACGGGAACGGAGACGGACCGUCCAACCGGCGCCUCGUGUCUCUGUCUGAGGGAGGAAACAUCCCUACAGUCGGUCCGAGCUGUAACUGCGAUCAGUCUCGUGGCUCCGUGUCGACUCUGCUGGUCGGUGUUCACAGCGGCCUGGCCUGCAUCCUCUGCUGCCUGCUCUUCAUCCUGCUGGGCUACCGACGCAGUCUCUUCUGCAGGAAGUCAGCCAGCUGGGAGACUCCGCCCACCCUGAAUGAUGUCACAGUUGCUAAAGGUCGCACACCUGAGAGCAUCGAGCUGAGCCAGAGAUGUGACUCCGCCCCUCCUCCAGUGAUGGUCAUGGUUGAACCGAGUCUACCCGUCCAGCCCGGCACAGGCAGCGGAUAGAACACCACAUUCUUCUUCCUCCUCCUCCUCCUCCUCCUCCUCCUCCUC